AUGUGCGUCUUCCCCCGUUUUUGUCCCUCCCCCCCCUCCUGUCCCCUCUUUCAUUCCUAUCGUCCAUUCCUCUCCCUUCCUUCCUUCCCCCCCUCUUUUUCCGCCUCUCCCAUCCCCCCCUUGCCCUUCCUCCAUUCCCCGCUUGUCCAUCCCUCCGUUUUCCCUUGUCCAUCCCGCCUCGCCCAGCCUAUCUCCUCCUCUGCCCUAUCACCGCCUUUCCAUCCACACCUCUUUCCUUCCUUCCUUCCUUCCCCCCCUCUCUCAGCCCCUCUGUACUUUCACCACACUUCCCUCCCACCUCUCUCCUUCCUUUCCUCCCUGCCUAUAUUUCCCUCUGCCUUUGAACCCGCCCUUUCCUCCCUGCCUAUAUUUCCCUCUGCCUUUGAACCCGCGCUUUCCUCCCUGCCUCUCUCCUUCCAUCUCUCCCCGCCCUUCUCCACCUCAGUUUUCCCUUCUCCCUAUGCACAUUCGUCGUUUCCCUUUCUGCCUCCCUCAUCAAAACCCUCUCUGGCUCACUCCUCCCACCCCACUUCCCCCCCCUCCGCUUUUCCGCCUCUCUCCUCUCUUCCCAUCCCUGCACAUUCCUGCGCCACACCCUCUGUUUCCCCUUUUUCCUUGCCCUCUGCCCCCCUCGGGCCGACACCGUCUGUAUCCCACCUCUUAUCCUUCCUCUUCACCCUUUUAUCGCCUGCCAUGUUGGCUUCCAUGCCACCCUGCAAGUGGUGUUUGCAUGCUCUGCUCUCACCCUCUCAUGCUCCCAUUCUCUCACCCACUCAUGCUUUCAUGUCCCCAUGCUUAAAUCACCCCUCAUGCUCCCCAGACCCUGCCCCGCCCUUCUCCCAAGUGUUCUCCCUAAACUGCAUGCACGCUGCUCAAGGAGGUAGGUAUCCAUGGCAGCAGCAGGUGACAUGUCUGUGUUAG